CAGAAAAAAACUGUCUCGCAAUAAUAAAUUAAUUUAUUAACCACACAACAAAUGAAAAUGAACUGAAGAAUUUCACCGGGCUCCAUAUGUUGUCAUGUGCAAGCAUGUCUGUUUUUCUCAUCUCUCGCCUCAAACAGGUAGGAAGAGGAUUCACUGGUGGAUUCAGCACCUAGGUGCUUCAUAGAACAACGGCGAACAGAGUGAGACCUCUUGUCAGUCAGAUGCGGAGCCUUUGUCCUGACAGUCAACACUCACUGAGACGUUCAGUCGGCAAAAUGGUUCCACGGCGAGACCACAGAACCAUUUGCAGCUGGACUCGGACCUAUUUCUGAGCUGAUGUCGACAAAGCCAAAGCGAGGGAAACCAAUGACUUGACUGCAGUCCAACUGGCGAGGCUUCUUCCAGGGACACAACUGCACAGUGUUUUCUGCAAUUUAUGACGGUUUCAUUCUGCCAGCUCUGCAAAAACAAUGACCAGCAAAGAGUGGGAUGGAUUAUGGCUUGCAGAUGAUAAACAUAGAUAAUGUUCCAGUUGAUCGCCUCAACUUUGUAGUCAUUUAGAUUACAUGCUUCCAGAUCUUGGAGAACCUGCCUGGGGCUUUUCUAAGGUUCAUACUUUGCUUUUGAGUUCAGCUACUUCAAUCUAAAGUCUAUUUCCAUACUAUAGUAUUUUCAGUAUUAAGCCUUGUGAACAUGAAUCUUCAAGAAAAGCUCUCGGGCCUAAAAGGUCUGGUCACACACUCUCACAGCAAACGUCGCUUUAAAGGUGACCUCACGGUGGACAUGAUCAGCCCCCCUCUGGGAGACUUUCGCCACACGAUGCACGUUGGCCGCGGCGGUGACGUGUUCGGGGACACCUCCUUCCUCAGCAACCAUGGCGGCGCAGCCAAUGGGGGCAAUGGAGAAAUGAAUUCUAUGUCCACACCGGACAACAAACUUGGAGCGUUUUUCUCCAGGAAACUGCAACAAAUUCGGAGGGGCUCUGACAACCGACCCAGGGAGGUAACCAAGGAUGCAUCACUGCCACCACCGCCCAUUUCUCCAAUCAUCAAGAAUGCCGUCUCCCUCCCAAGGCUGGACGUAGACAUCUAUAACGGGAGUCCCACCACUAAGGUGCUCUUUCCAAGUUCCCAAAGCACGCCAGGGGAGAGGAAAAGUUCUUAUGGUUUGGAGUCUGGUUUUGUCACACUUCCUCGCCUGUCCCGCUCCGAGCGGCAGCAGCCCUCUAUCUCCAGCCCCACCCCUUACUCCUCCAACGAGUACCGCGGCUCUCUGACCGACCCCACCGAUGGCAUCUUAUCCACCUGCUCUACCACCGACCCCAAAUCCACCGUCUACUCUGCCUCCCUGGCGUCCCUGGCCUCCCUGGACACCUUUAACUUUGACCUGGGCCCCUCCCUCAUGAGCGAGGUUUUUGGCUUGCUCGACGGCCACCCCGAUGGAGAUGGUCCCGCCUGGGAGAGAGAGGACAUGGGGUCGGCGUGGGGGCUCACCAACGAGGGAUCGGAGAUGGACUCGGCCACUAUCUCCUACGUGGACUCCCUGCUGAGAGAGGACUGCGCAGGCGGGAAGAGUCCGCACGCCGCAGAAUGGGAUGACGACAAUGUGGAGGUGAACGGAACGGUGAUGUGUGGGAGACUAGCAGAUACGCCGAGGGGAGGGUCACCUGAGCGAGCGAGGCCAGGCGUGAGAAUGGAGAGCGAGCGCUUCCAGAGUGCCGCUGAUGUGCUCGCACGCCAUUAUGGAGGUCAAGGCCUCUGGAAGGGACACGGCAGGAUGGAGGCGGCUGAUUCAGAGCUGAGGGGCGCGGGGCAGCUAAAGAAGAAAGUAACCAGCAGCUACACAGAUGAUGAAGAUGAUGAAAUCAAAGUCUAAACAGGAUUCCUCUGUCAUUCCAAUGUAACCAAUAAUCAGAACCUCAAAAAUGACAUGACACUCAUACUUCAAACUUGUUUUUUUGGUAACUGGAUUCCUCAUUUUUAAGGUGGAACUCGCUUAUGUCAACAACCCUUGUUUGGUCCUCCAUGUUUUAAUUACGAUUAAGAAUUCAAACGUGCCCACAUAAGUCGACGUCCAUGUAACAUUUGAGACCCUAAGGGAUCAUUUCUAUAAAAAUAGUUUGGCUAAGCCACAGCAUAAGUACAGGUGGUCUUCGGGUUAUCGGCAAGUUAUGUUUGUGUAAGUUAGACCUUAUACCAACACAGAACACAGUGUUAGGACAUAUAAAAUACAGUCAUACAAAGAAUAAAUACAAGAAACUGUCAUAAAAAAAAAAUCCUUACUUUUAUCCCUGUGGUUGUCCUGCACACUGGAGGGUGUUGCAAUGAGUGAAAGACAGGCUUAUUGGGCGGUCUCUCAAUAAUGAAACCACUACACUGCUUAGUUAUCAGUGUCCAUUUCAUAGGAGAAGACCCAUGCACAUGUUCAAAGACACCAUCUUUAUCCUGCAUGAUGGUCGCCGUGUUUCAGCAGCUUGGACCGGGCAUGCAGCCAAUGUUGAUUUCUCCACUGAGUGUCUCAUUUCACUUUCACUUUCUUUUACGCUCUGCCACCAAACAGGUCUGCCUCAUUGUCUUGGGAGAUGUAAUGGAGAUUUAAGUUAAAUAGUUAACCAAAAAGAACAAUAGUGACCUUCUCCUCCCUCAGGGUAACAACGUGACUAUGUGUUACUCCACCAGUCCGCCAAUGUAAGUACUUCUCUUUUUCUUUUUGUACAAUAUGAAUAGUAAUUUAUGGCAGUGUGUACAGUGUUCCCUCGCUACAUUGUCUCUACAUUGUUCACCUUUUCGCUGUUAAAGUGCAAUUUUGCAUAUUUUUUGUACCAGCAUAUGAACACACAUUGUGUUGCGUGUCCUUGUGGUGUCUUAGAACUAUGGAACUAUGAACUAUCUAUGGGUGCCCUGUUGUAUGUGUCUGUAUAUUUACUACUGCUACCAGUAGAGGAUGUUGUAUACUCCACCUCGUCUCAGUGUGUUUACGUGCGUGUACGAGCAUCUUAGGAACCCACAGUAGCCUGUAGCCGGUUAAAUAUAGAGCCACAACAGUCCUUAUUGGUUAAGGGAGAACGCGCCCAUUGUGUUCUGCGUCCUGAUUGGCUGUAGACCAUUGUCAACCAAUGUUUGUGCCGUCGCUAGCAAACUGGCUAGCUGCUUGAGCUGCUUGCUAAACGCCAAUAAACAAUAGAAGAAGCAGCAGCUAACAGGCUAAAUGGUUCGGUUCAAGGAGGAGGACGAUGGCAGGAGCAAUAUGUUUUAACAAGGAUACAAAAACGCUACAGCUCAACAGCGCCACGACGAAGCUGGGUCCGAGGGGUGAAUAAGCGCGAGUCACUUAAUAACUUAUUGUGUGCAACCUAAUAGAGUGACUAUUAAAAUACUAACGAAAUUUGAACUUUGAGAGUGUUUAGAAUGUGAGACAAUGUUAAUUCCUGUCUGGGAAAAGUGUAUCAAAUGUAUUGUGAGGGGGUUUACAGCCUUAAAACGUAUAUAAUAACUAUAAACAAAUGACGUUGGCUACUUCGCCUAUUUCACUUAUCACUGACUAUUUUGGGAACACAUACCCCGCGAUAAACGAGGGAACACUGUACCGUACAUAACCACGAAACAUAAUAACUUUGAAUGCCAUAAACCGAGGACCGCCUGUAUUGACUAGUUAGAUUACACUUAUCGCUGACUAUUUUCGGAACCCAUACACCGCGAUAAACGAGGGAACACUGUACCGUACAUAACCACGAAACAUCAUAACUUUGAAUGCCAUAAACCGAGGACCGCCUGUACAGACUAGUUAUACAGCAUUAAAACAUGCACACAGUGGCUUCCUGUUCAGUGCAAAGUAAGCUUCAAAAUACAAGCUUGGCAGUAUUAACCUGGAUUCCAUAACCGUUUCAUUUUUUUUAGAUUGUUAGCCACCAGAAGAAAGAUUUGCACAUGUACGAAAUCUUUCUCAUCAUUGUUGUCAAUACAACGAAAUGACAGCAGCAGCUGAUAGACAAGGGUAUAAAAUAUUGACUGUGAGGCACAAAUCAGCCUUUUAUUGGCGUUUACAAAACAGCACUGUACACCUUAAAGCAGGGGUGAGCAAACCACGGCCCGGGGGCCACAACCGGCCCGCCAACCGUUUCAUUCCGGCCCGCCAUUUGCUCCUGACAAAAGGGACACAAGCACAUAUAACAGAGUGUAUGACACUUUUACAGAUAAAAUAUGACAAACUUCUUUUCCCUUGGACUGGUUCUAACUGGCAGGCAAACGCCACUGCCCCCUACAGCCCAAUCACUAGAUCACACCUCAGAACCAAACACAAUACUCCCGUCGCUACAGCAUCAUAUGAAAAGAAAAGACUCUAAAUGAACAUAUGCGUAAAUGGAGGAAAAGCAUGUCAAGUAAAUGUGCAAGCUGUGGUUCGUUUCCAUUUUGAUUUCAGCCACGUUAACAGCUGCUUAUGAUGAAGUCAGUCUGAGGGGCGUCAAUACACAGGUUCCACUCUAUUCACUGAUGCUGCAAGAACACUUCUGCUGAGGAUUAAGCAAGAGAGGAAACAAUAAUGUUACUCAAAGGAGAAGUGCUGCCGUUCACUUCACACUUCCUGUAUUAGAAGAGAAUAUCGCAGUGUUUACGAGUUUCCUCUCAAGGAGAAUACAGAUAGCAAGGUGUAGGUUUAUGGAGGCCGGUGCACUGUGUACCAAUGUGUCUCAGGCCUAAAUUCACAAGGUUGGGGGCAUUUAAAGUCACUCCUAUUCCAGGCUUUUGGUGCAAUUUUGCCAUCUCUUUUAACGCCCACGGAUAAUAUGGUUGAUACGGUAAUCCUAUCAUAUGAUAUGACCGAUAACACUAGUAUGUGGUGUUAUCCACUAAAGGCUCAACUAUGUAAUCCUUCCUUUAAUGCUGCAGACAUUUUAUAUAAAUACUCUGUGCACCUUUUCUGAAGACGAAUUCUGACUCCUAUAUGUUAUUUUUCACAAUCAUAAUCAGUACGUUAUUUCCUUCCUAUACAAAUGUACGUGAAAAUAUCAGCUGACCCCCUCCCCAUAAAUAUGUACUUGCUAUCGCACCUUCCGUCCAAGUGUCAAUUUACAUGUGCAUCUCAAUAAAUGAAAAUAUGGUGCAAAGGUUAGAUGAUUUCAGGAGCUCAGUUCAGACGAAGAGACCAAUUCAAGGCUCAGCAAGUUUUUGUAGUUGAUUCCCAGUACUUUUUGACCACAUUUCACAUUUUACAAGAUAAUGAAUUUGAAUUUGGGGUUUUUAUAUGGAAGCCCGUUUCUGCCGCUGAAAGAAAAAAAUAUAUCCCAAUGCUAAGUUGUAAUCGUGAGAGUCAAAAUUAUGAAAUAAAGUCAUAAUUAUGAGAUGAAACGUGGGAAUUAUGAGAGAGAAAGUUCAAAAUGAUGAGAUAAAACAUCCUAAUGAUGAAAUAGUCAUAUUACGAGAUCGGAAAGACAAUUAUGAGAUAGAAAAUUCAAAAUUAUGAGAUAAAACGUCGCAAUUGAGAUAAAAUAUGUCAUAAUUAUGACUUUUUAUCUCAUAAUUUCAACCUUUUAUCUCAUAAUUUUAACUUUAUCUCAUAAUUUUAACUCUAUCUCACAAUUUUGACUUUUCAUCUCAAUAUGAUGACUUCCCCAUCUCAUAAUUAUGGCUUUUUAUCUCGUAAUUUUGACUUUUUAAUCUCGUAACUAUGACUUUGUCUCAUAAUUAUGACUUUUGUCUCAUCGUUUUGACUUUUUAAUGUCAUAAUUAUGACUUUCUAUCACAUCAUUUGAACUUUUUAUCUCAUAAUUAUGACUUACCAUUGGGAUAUUGUUUUUUCUUUCAGUGGCGGAGACGGGUUUCCAUAUUUUUUAUACGCUAUUAAGAAAUAUUCUUGAAAUACUUCACCCAAUGUAGGAUUUAAGAACACCACAGUUUCACUUUUUGAACCGAACUACUGAAUACGUUUUUGAAGACAUUUGAAUUUAUUGAGAUACUUGUGUAAAUGAUACGCUAUGAUGUUAUGAAUUGGAAAUAAAGAUGCUUUUAUCUGAACGUGGUGGAGAGAUUUGGAAGUUUUGGACGUGGAGCCAAAAUAAAUAUGGAUGUUCAGACUUUGCAAAGGACUUUAUUUUGAAAUCCCAACCUUCAUGUCAAUGAAUACAUUAAUCAAGUAUAAUGAACUCAAACAAUACUCAAAUACACUGUGGACAAAAGUAUUGGGACACCUGCCAUGACACCUUCCUGAAAUGGAACUCCUCUGUGUCCAUUCAUCGGGAACAUUUGUGAGGUCAGAGGUGAGGUGCAGGUGUUUGGGUCAAGUUCUUCCCUGUACAUCUCAUCUUACUGGGCCUUUGUCGACUGUAAUGCGGGGGGAAGCGGUGGAGGGCAGUUUGGGGCUUUAGGGCCAGACUUUUUAAAUGGUGGCCUUUUGAGGCCGCCCGGUUGAACUGGAGGAGUCAUCCCCUGGGUCCCACUCUGGGUCGCCGUGGGCGCCACAGGGGCCCGUGGCUUGGGCGGCACCGGUGCUUUGGGCUUGCUGGAGAAAGCCGCCGCCGCCGCCAUCGGCUCGUUGGCUUUUCUCACACUGGCGCAUCUCUUUGCUGCAAAUGAGAGGCCGUAAUACAUAACAAGUAAGCCCACCGGACAAUUCAUUAGAGACAUGCUAUGAUACAUACUGUAUUUAUUAUUGUGCUGAUGGUUUGCAGUUUCUAAUACUUAAACCUUAUUUAGCUGCAGGAAGGUAAAGGCAGACCUAUGGCGAACGUACUUAUACCAGCAUGUGCUGCUUUGAGGACACAAGUGCGUGAGUGAUAUUUUGGUGGUGUGACACUUCCUGUUUCCUUAUGAAUGAGCUGUGUGUUCAUCUUCCCUCUGUAGACUCGCACGAGCCACUUUGAGAGGAAAAGGCUCCAUGUUGAAUUGGCCCGCGGUGCAUUGUGAGAAAAUAUAAUAGAACAAGAAAACAGCAGCAAAAAUGGAAAAAUCUGCAGUAGUUUUGCAAGAAUAAAGUAUAAAAAAUAUGUACUCUCACAAGAAAAAGUCAUCAUUUUACAAGAAUAAUGUAAUAUCUAAUUAUGAGGAAAAAUUAUGUCAUUUUAGUAGCAUAAAGUUGAAAUAUUAAAGAAAAGAAACAUU